AGCAGCAGCAGCAGCAGCAGCAGCAGCAGCAGCAGCAGCAGCAGCAGCAGCAGCAGCAGCAGCAGCAGCAGCAGCAGCAGCAGACCGGCGACGACGACGAGGGGGGCAAUCCCGCCGGCAGCGGGGAUUCACUAUGCCGCACCACCCCGGCUGCAGCAGCAGCAGCAGCAGCAGCAGCAGCAGCAGCAGAUGUGCCAGCAGCAGCAGCAGCGAAGGGGGCAGCAGAAGCAGCAGCAAAUGUGCCCGCAGCAGCAGCAAAGGUAGCAGCAGCAGCAGGAGCGAAGAUAGAAGCAGCAGCAGCAGAAGCAAAGCUAGCAGCAGCAGCAAAGGGAGUGGCAGCAGCAAGGGCAGCAGCAGCAGCAAGGGCACCAGCAGCAAACGCACUAGCAGCAGCAGCAGCAGCAAGGGCAGUAGCAGCAGCAAGGGCAGCAGCAGCAACAAGCAGCAAAGGUAGUACAAGCAGCGACAAUCGCAGCAGCAAAUGCAGCAACAGCAGCAGCAAAGAAAGUAGCAGCAGCAGCAGCAGCAGCAGCAGCAGCAGCAGCAAACGCAGUUGCAGCAGCAGAAGUAAAUUUAAAAAUUGCAAGCAAUGA